UCAUGAACCUUUUCUUGAAGAUUUUAGGCUCUUAGACAGUAUCAUUUCUACUGUACAGUGUUAAAUAGCCAUUUGUUACCCAGUACAAUACCAAUGACUUGUUCCAUAUUUUAAUUACAUUUUCAUUCUGUAUGAAGUCUAAAAGAAGAAAAGUUUGUGAAUUGAGCAGUAGGGAAGAGGAAAAGGAGGAGAUUAGCAGACUAAAUAAAGACAACGGUGGUGCAUUUAUCUGUUUCAGCUAAUGUGGUCUCACAGGGCUUACACUUGGUCUCAGUGUAUAGAUUGAGCGUGUGUGUGUGUGUGUGUGUGUGCGCGUGUAUGUGCAUGUGCGAGCCAGUAAGAAACAGAUGCUGAAAGAGAGAUAUCUGAUGAAGGUCUUUGGGUACUUCAAACUGGAUUCUGUCCUUGAGUUGACUCCAAAGAAAAUAUGUGGUCCAUGUCAAAAAAUGAAACAUGAAAUUCUGAGAAUCAUUCCAAUUCACGCUCAUGCUUGUAAAGUUAAGAUAUAAAAAUAUCAAUUCCUUUCAUGUAUUUUGUCUUUUUUCCGUUUUCUAUGCAUCUUUAUUGUGUUUUAUGUUUUAUUGUAAGGAGUUAUUCAUCUAUGCGGAGCAUGUUGUCUUGAUUAGCCCUCAGUAUGAAGGUACAGAUGAUCAUAUGGACUAGAGAGCUGAGUGCUAACAUUAGUGGAGACUGACACUUCUGUGUUAAAGCGCGGCUGUUCAUUAGCAGUAUGGGUUGCGUUUGCAGUGAUGAGAAUAAAUAUAAAGAAAGACACAACUCAAAUAACAAUUCAGCAGCCGCCUAUAACUCCCAUCAAAGCGCACACAGUGGGGCAAACUUUGAUGAAGACAUUGUCAUUGCACAACAUGAUUUCAACCCAACCAACGACAGCGAUCUUCCAUUUAAGAAAGGAGAGAAACUCAAGAUAAUACAUGAAAAUGGGGACUGGUGGUUGGCUAAAUCUCUGAUUACUGGUGAUGAGGGAUACAUACCAUGCACAUAUGUUGCCCGAGCUCACACGCUGGAGGUUGAACAAUGGUUUUUCAAAAAUUUGAGCCGCAGACAGACAGAACGUCUUCUGCUAGCUCCGGGGAACAGGAUCGGCUCAUUUCUCGUAAGAGAGAGCGAGACAACUCCAGGUGCUUUCUCCCUUUCUAUAAGAGAUGUGGCACCAGAGCAUGGUGAUGUAGUCAAGCACUAUAAGAUCCGUACGCUUGAUAAAGGUGGAUACUACAUCUCCCCCUCCCUGACCUUCACGUCUCUGCAGGAACUAAUACAGCAUUACUCAAGAUCAGCAGAUGGUCUGUGUCAGAGGCUGGGAAGCCCCUGUAGAUCUGCUGCUCCUCAGAGGCCCUGGGGUGAGGAUGAGUGGGAGAUCCCAAGGGAAACAUUAAAGAUGGUGAAGAAGCUGGGUGCUGGGCAGUUUGGAGAGGUCUGGAUGGGAUACUAUAAAAACAACCAGAAGGUGGCCAUUAAGACCCUAAAAGAGGGCAGCAUGGAGCCAAAGGCCUUCCUGCAGGAGGCUAAUCUCAUGAAGAAGCUGCAGCAUGAAAGACUGGUGAAACUGCAUGCUGUAGUCACAAAGGAACCCAUCUUCAUAGUCACAGAGUUCAUGGCAAAUGGGAGCUUAUUAGACUUUCUGAAAACAGACGAUGGCAGAAAACUAAAACUGCCCAAGCUGAUAGAUAUGGCAGCUCAGAUUGCAGAAGGUAUGGCCUUUAUAGAAAGAAAAAACUACAUUCACAGAGACCUUCGCGCUGCCAACAUAUUGGUGUCAGAAACCCUGCAUUGUAAAAUAGCUGACUUUGGCCUGGCCAGGAUUAUAGAGACUGAGUACACGGCACAGGAAGGUGCAAAGUUUCCAAUUAAGUGGACUGCUCCAGAGGCGAUCAAUUUUGGGACGUUCAGCAUCAAGUCAGAUGUCUGGUCCUUUGGCAUUCUCUUGACUGAGAUAGUAACCUAUGGAAGAGUGCCUUAUCCAGGAAUGACAAAUCCGGAGGUGAUCCGUAACCUGGACAAGAGGUACAGAAUGCCAUGUCCAGAUGACUGUCCUGAAGAACUCUAUGACAUAAUGAUGGCAUGCUGGAGAGAAAAGGCAGAGGACAGACCCACUUUUGAGUACCUGCAAGACACACUCAAUGACUUCUACAUUGCCACUGAGGGCCAGUAUGAGAUGCAGCCAUAGCUCCCGUAUCCAGUCCAAACAGACAAAUGCAUAGGAUACAAGGGAAAUUAUGGCACUCUUUGGAAUUUAGUUCACAGGCCCUCAUGCUUUUGAUAUUAUAUCUAAACCAUGACAUACAAUUUACAAAUAUGAUGUAUAAGAUUUCAUUUUUGAUCAGGAAAGCCUUGAGUAACAAAUUCAGUUAAUGGCUUUACCUUUGGGACAAUAUUCAUGUACUAUAAGCACAUUCUGGACACAUCAUGUUUGCACAUUUUGCAACGUUGAGGUCAUGCACCAACUGUGGCACUUUGAAGAAAAGGUGUGGAUCAUCAUUAUUACUGACCUGCUAAUGUGGACAUCAAUCCGUUGUCUCCUUAAAGAUCUGCCAGGUGUGGCACUGCAGGGAACCAGAAACGCUUCAGCAAGGAUAUCACUGACGUUUAUCACUGAAGAGAUUUAUUAGAUUUUAUAUACAUGUAUACAUUUAGCAAAUUUCAAUAUAUCUGUGAUGUCUUUUUCUAGUUAAAUAUUUGAAAGUUAACUAUACUCAAAUGUAUUAAAUUAAAAAGCAUGGAACUGAAGUUGGCCUGUAGAGUAAAAUAGCCUGUGAACGAACCAUUGUGAACUUAUGCCAAAGCAGAACAAUAAUCAGAUAAUUUUCUGAAUAUUUGCUAUGUAACAUUGUAAUCUAAUGUAUCAAGAACGUAACAUAUUUUGAAAAAAAACCCAAACAAACAUUGAAAGAUCCAUUGGCAGUGUUAGCACGUAUAUUUUAGUAGUAUCUACUACCUUAAGUGUCUCCUUCUUUGUAAAACCAUAUAUUUCCAAUAUUAUUAUUAUUAUUAUUAUUAUUAUUAUAUUUACUAUUAUUAUUAUUAUAUUUUUAAUCUGUGUAAAUGCUUGAUUGAAUAAUUGACUACUUUGGGGUUGAAACUACUCUGAUACAGAGAGAUAGAAUCCAGUCUCAAAAGUUGUACUCAAAUUUGUGUUU